AUGGAAAUUAUUGAAGGUAAUUGUUUUAAAGAUAAUUUUCCUCUUUGGAUUAAACUUGUAAAUAAGAAAAUAACAGUUACAACUGAUAAUGGUAACGAUUAUCAAGGUAUUGUCAAGACGAUUGAUCCGCUAACUGGAAGUAUAGUUUUGUUACAAUUUAAUGAUGAAGAGCUUUCAAAACCAAGUGAUCUUAUGAUAAUCACUGGACAUGCUGUUAAAAGAUUAACCCUUCAAACUGACCAACAACCACAAUCGUCAACAAUCAAUUUGGAUAUAAUCAAAGAGAAUGAAAUUGACCAGGAUGAACUUAAAGGCCGAAAGAUUAAGUUAAUUGAAUGGUUUGAGAAGAAUCGUAUUCCAGUUGAAGAGAAUGACAAUCAAGAAUUGGUCGUUGCUAAAUCGAUAACAAUUAAAUCACCUUACACUAAAGAUGAUUGUAAUUCCAGUAAUGUUAUGGUUGUCCGCCGAAUUCAAGAUCUAAUGAGUAGAAUGCCAACAACAACUACAUGAAACAAUUACCACAUAAUAAUGAUAAUAAUAAUGAUGUAAAAAUAUGUUUUCCAGUUUAAACACAUUUAAUACAAUAAUAAAAUAAGAAAAUGACACUUGA